UCAAGCAUGACUUUAGGAAUGGUAUAAAUUUGGGAGUUUUUUUCGUUUAAACUUUAGUUGAUUUCACAAUAUUCAAUAAACGUGCUGAAAAAUGGAGCGAAUUUUCGGGAUAUAUCUAAUACUAGCCACAUCAGUCGUUGCUCAGGGAUAUAGGAAAUUUGGCCUAAAUUGUGAGAAUAUAGCUUGUCAAUCGGGACAAAAGUGCAUAAUAUCCAGACUUCCCUGCGACAAUCUAGAUCAACGUGAGGGUGAACAAUGUGGAACUUAUCCGGAAUGUCAAACAGAUCAGCUGGCCAGCGAUUUCUCCAUCGACACCACACCGACCAUCGCCAACACCCGUAGUAACAUCAUUAUACCAAGCACCAGCACGAAUCGCAAUCGGACCCAUAGGGACACUGACUUUGAGCUGCUGACCGACUUCAGCAAUCCAGAUAAAUUCGGGACGCAUGCAGGGCAACGGCAGGCCAAUGUAUUGGUUAUAGUUCAGGAUGGAUCUCAACAACCGGCACAACAGCCGAAUUCUUGGCCAAGUCGGGGUCAAAGUUCACCCUGUGCCAUCAGUCCCCUUUAUCCGUAUUCCUGCAAUUAUCCGGGUUAUACUCAAAAUUCUGCACCGGGAUUACCUUCCUAUCCGCAGGCACGAUCGGCCAAUGUGCCACAAUUAGUUCCUCCCACUCCACCUUGCUACUACAAUUGCAUUCCCAGGGUGCGUUCAAGUCCAUACGGUCAAUAUGGAUAUCCUCUAGCUAGAUCAGCCACUCCCUCAUCGACCAAUAACUAUUUAAUUUACCUCACAUUAGCUGGCUAAAAUAUAAAUUAAAAAAUAUUAAUUCUGUACUAAAUUUAGUAUCUCCUAAGUUUACUCUUACUUCACUUUAUAAGAUUUUAGUCUCCUACAAAUAUAUGCAUUUAAA